GCGCCGGGGUUGGCGGCGGCGCCAUUUUGAACUGGCUGAGGGUCGGAGGCGGCGGCAGGCGAGCAUUGGGUUCCGCGCUCCCCGAGGGAGAGCCCGCGAGGAAGGAGCGGACAUGGCCGCGAAUAGGAACUUGAAACAAGUGCGGAUCGAAAACAGCUCCCCAGCGGCGCCGCUGGGCAUGGUGGGGGGUGGCGGCGGCGGCAACCUGAAAGGAUUGCGCGGCCUAGAAGCGGAGAGUGAGGCGACGGCGGCCAUGGCUCUGGCGCCGAGCAAAGAAGGUGGCGGAGAUGAGGAGCAGGAGGUUGGGUUCACCAUUGAUAUCAAGAGCUUUCUCAAACCUGGCGAGAAGAGCUACACGCAGCGAUGCCGGCUGUUCGUGGGGAAUCUGCCUACUGAUAUCACCGAGGAGGAUUUCAAGCGCCUGUUCGAGCGCUACGGGGAGCCCAGCGAGGUCUUCAUCAAUCGGGACCGUGGCUUCGGCUUCAUCCGCCUGGAAUCUAGGACCCUGGCUGAAAUAGCAAAGGCAGAACUUGAUGGUACUAUUUUGAAGAGCAGACCACUUCGAAUUCGAUUUGCUACCCAUGGAGCUGCCUUAACUGUGAAGAAUCUGUCGCCUGUGGUUUCCAAUGAGCUGCUGGAACAAGCAUUCUCUCAAUUCGGGCCAGUGGAAAGAGCGGUUGUUGUAGUAGAUGAUCGCGGCAGAGCUACAGGCAAAGGUUUUGUAGAGUUUGCAGCAAAACCUCCAGCACGGAAAGCUCUAGAAAGAUGCAGUGAUGGGGCAUUCUUGCUUACAACAACACCUCGACCAGUUGUUGUAGAACCAAUGGAGCAAUUUGAUGAUGAGGAUGGACUCCCUGAGAAGCUAAUGCAAAAAACACAACAGUACCACAAGGAAAGAGAACAGCCACCACGCUUUGCUCAGCCUGGAACAUUUGAGUUUGAGUAUGCUUCACGGUGGAAGGCUCUUGAUGAGAUGGAAAAGCAGCAGCGUGAACAGGUUGACAGGAACAUUAGAGAAGCCAAAGAGAAACUUGAGGCAGAAAUGGAAGCAGCUAGACAUGAGCAUCAGCUAAUGCUGAUGAGGCAAGAUCUCAUGCGUCGUCAAGAAGAACUGAGGCGCUUGGAAGAACUUCGAAACCAAGAACUUCAAAAACGCAAGCAGAUACAAUUGAGACAUGAAGAAGAACACAGACGUCGUGAAGAAGAGAUGCUACGCCAGAGGGAGCAGGAGGAAUUACGACGACAGCAGGAGGGAGGAUUUAAGCCCAAUUUCAUGGAUAAUAGAGAACAGGAAAUGAGAAUGGGUGAUAUGGGUCCUCGUGGAGCAAUAAACAUGGGAGAUGCGUUUAGCCCAGCACCUGCUGGUAACCAAGGCCCUCCUCCAAUGAUGGGUAUGAAUAUGAACAACAGAGGAACUUUACCUGGCCCUGCAAUGGGUCCUGGUCCUUCCAUGGGACCAGAAGGAGCUGCAAAUAUGGGAACACCAAUGAUGCCAGAUAAUGGAACAGUGCAUAAUGAGAGAUUCCCUCAAGGAGGCCCAUCCCAGAUGGGUUCACCUCUGGUUAGUAGAACGGGCUCUGAAACUCCUCAGCCGCCAAUGAGUGGUGUAGGUGCCGUGAGUGGUGGACCUGGUGGCUUUGGUAGAGGAAACCCAGGGGGCAACUUUGAAGGACCUAACAAGCGUCGCAGAUACUAAAUCUUAAUUCAUUCCUUACUGUUUUAGAAAUUCCAGUAGAAUUAUACAGUGAUAUGCCUUUAUAAUUUUAGCUGUUAUCUGGAAACGGUUCUAUUGUUAUUGUAGUCUUUAAAACAGUUUCUUUUGUAAAACUUUUUUUGUAUUCAGUCAUAGGCUUUGUAGUAUAGAGCAGAAAUGAUGCGGAUCAUUAUGUAAGGCAAUGUGUUUGUGACUCUAGCAAAAUACGUGUGACUAUGCUGUAAAACGUGCAGUUAUCUGAUUACAAUAAAACAAAAAUCACUGGAAA